GUGAGCUGCUGAGGUAAGCGGUGACAAUCACGCUUGCCCGGAUUGGUCUGUACGGCUCUGAACCUCCCGCGGGAAUCAAUUCGUCGUCUCCUCCCCAGACUCCCUGUGAUCAGCUUCAAGCUCGCCUUAUCGGUCUUUGCCCCUCCGUCGCCCCCAAUUGAUACCCGGUGUUGAACUCUACGGGGCUAAUUUGCCGUUGUUGACUUUCCUUGCCAUUCCGGUCGUCCCGCGUGUCACGAUCAUCCCCCACAAUGUCGUCCAAGUACGUCUUCACCAAGGGUCUGAAGGAGCUGCGCUUCCUUUUCUGCCAGAGCUCUCAGGACAGCGCUGCCACUCGCUCGUUCUUGCAGCGCGCAUACCCGACCAUGAAGAAGCACAACCCUUACACUCCCAUCUUGAUGCGCGAGGCAGCUGGUACUGUGCCUAGAGUUUACGCCAGAUACGGUUUCGGCAAAGAGAAGCAGGAGGCUCUGUCUGGCCUGACGGACCAGCAGAUCGAAGAAAAGAUCACUCAAUUGGUGAAGGAGUCGUCAUAGCGAAAUUACCACGCACCCGUAUAUGUUCAUGCACCGCAUUUCCAGUUGUCUGCACUGUAUCUAUAGAUGAAUUGAAGACUCGUUCGCCGUCUUAACUCCAGUCAAUCUUACACGGUUUCAUUGCUUGGUUCUCGACUACAGAGAACUUGUACUGUUAGCGACGCUACCGAAUCUAAAUUGCGCCCAGCUCAUGCUUCCCUCCUUCAAGGUCCAGAGUCUCCUUCCGACAUCGUCUCCCGCAGCACCGGCUCCGAUAUGGAUCGGA